AUGAGAAUAUACGUGACACAACCAAAACAAUCUCGCAUUGCUAUAGAAGCCGAUCCCAGCAUUUCAUUAGACUCACUUAAAGAAAUUCUUAUUAAAGACCAUAAGUAUAUGGACGGAACUUAUGUUUUUAUCCAAAAUGGAAAAAUUUUUCCUUUUACAACUCAUUUAGACGCUUUUAAAGAGGAUUCUAUAAUUUUCAUAUAUAUCAAAGAUCCAUUCCCACCAGGCGAAAAGAGCGUUCCUUUGGAUGCUGAUUACUUUUAUUCUCAUCCAGAAGAAGUUCAACGACUUUUAGAGGUUUUUGAAGCCAGAAAUAUUGAAUCAGUUAUCUUAACAGCAGAAUCCCGCAAUAUCUCACUUCAGAACAUCCAAUUGAUUGGUUUAUAUCCAAGAAUUGGGCAGACAAUAACUUCGGAUUACGAUGCAAAUUUGAUGCAGCUCUCUGAUAAACAACGCCAGGACUUUCAAAGAGUUUUGCAGUUUACAAGAGACACUGUUGAUAGAGAUGUUGCAUUACAAACAUUUAUUGCAUGCGACCACAAUCCUGAUUUAACUUUGAAUUGUCUAUAA